ACCUGAGCCGCUCUGUGUACCACUUUGAGAUUUGUUUCAGUGCAGGAAGUGUGUAAAUGUUUUCUCAGGUCCCACGGUUCACCCGUGCAGAGCCUGUUGAACUGGUGGCUGUCUUUUGGGCUUAAGGAGUGGCUCUGAGCUCUGGUUCCUCCUUCACUCCCAUCUCACCUUCUGCAUCAUUGCAGGAGAAAUCAUAAAGACUGAAGGUCUUGAGCAUAUGAACCAAGCAAUGCUUUUUUUCUUUUUCAUUACGACAAUUGAUUUUCUUACUUCCAUUUUGCUUUUUUGUUUGGGCUGCAUUUUGCAAGUACUUGGAGGGCUGCGGUCCUGUUUUGGGGGGCCCCGUGUACAUCCAGAGGUGACUUUGGACGGAGGCUGUCACCCCAGUGAUGGUUUGGUGGCACCUCCAAACUAUCAAACUCCAAACUACAGCAAGGACAUGGUCUCUGUGCCCCCUUGCUGUCCUAGGCAGGUGCAGUGGGACCAGCACAGGUUGGAUAUUUGGAUAAAAUUAUUCUCUGAGCGGUGAGGCACUGGCACAGCUGCUGGGGGGAGGUGGGGGAGUCCCCAUCCCUGGAGAUGUGGCACUGAGGGACGUGGUCACUGGGGAUGGAUUUGGGUUGGACGUGGUCAUCUUAGAGGUCUUUUCCAACCUUAAUGAUGCUGUGAUUCUAAUGCUCUAUUAAUAUCUUCUGCAUUUGUAAGAAAGAUGCUCAGAGCGAUUUCCUUAACACUCAUGAAACUCCUUGCAGGAUAUUUUUGAGGCAGUGUCAGAGUAAAAGGUGCCGAAUUGCACUUGUUAUACUCCCCAGUGGGCCUGCAGCUGAACUAACACAGCUCAGGGAGUUCGCUGAGCUGUCACUACAGCGCUGAGCCUGCUGCAGCUCCUGCCCACGCCAUCAGCGAGGGAAAGAGCUAAUCCAGGCCCUGCUCCUGGUGCUGGCAGGCUGUGUCUUGGCUGUGAACUGAUGUGUGUGUUGUUACCAGGCUUUGUGGCUGCAGGUCAGGAGCUCUCUGGUACUUCUGUCUAAAAAGGCCAGAAGCUGACCUGGGUUGUUUUGGGGUUUAUUCAAUAUUUAUCUAAAUAAUUUAUAUAGGAUUAGUCAUUUACUUAGGAAUUUCUCCUCUUCCCGACAGUGCUUAGUAUCCUGCUUUUCUGCUAAUGUUUUUGGAAGGGUGGUGUGGAGCAUUGCUGGGCUGAGUGCUGUGAGAGGAGCCAGCGUGUGCCUUGCCCUUAUGCUCUGUACCUGGGCAGAUUCAGCACUGCUGAACAGCAGCGAGCUGUGGUCAGCUCUUCCAGCUCUGUCCAGACAGUUUUCUGUAUGUUGGUUAUUUCUGAGGGAAAAACCAAAAGCGCAUAAAGUCAUAACCUGCAAUUUAGGGAAGAGAACAAGACCAAAGUUACCAUUGCUGUGCGAAUGAAUGUGGGCCAUCACGAGUACAGAGAAGUCAGCCCUGUCCCAUUGUACAGAGGAAGGAAAAACGAAUUCCUUCCGUGCUGCCGCUUUCUCCUGUCUGUGACAGGGAACUGUUUCCUGGCCUGGCCUUGGAUCUGGCAGUGGCGUAGCCAGGAGCCCACUAGUAAGCUGAGCAGUGAGGUUCAGGGCUUCCUUCUCCUGCCCUUUGAUUGUAUUCCCAAAAGCUUUGCAUAGUAACUGUGAUUCUUCCUUCUGGCUGCUUUUGCAUCUCUUACCCAGUCUUUACCAGAGAUUGAAUGCUCGAGAGAGCAACAGAGCAUUGGGAUCACUGCGUGCUCUAUAAAUCCUUAGCAUGAGGAGCUGUCACUGCCACUACCUGUGGGCACGGUGACUGAGCUGCUGGGCUUCUGCUGUGGAGCUGGAAGAAAGCACAGCUUGGGCUUGGUGCUUGCUGUGCUUGUGUUAAUGUACUGACCUGUGCCCAACUGCAAGCCCGGUUGCUUUGGCUGGUUUGGAUGCCUUGCUCAGCCUGUUGGACCAAACCUUGGCACUUAGUACAGCUUCCACCUCCGCUGCUCUGCAGUGCUGCAUCUCUGCACGUAGAUCUGCGAAAUUCCCUUUUUUUAUUGGUAAAAAUGAUAUUUACUGCUCAUAUAAAUGGUUCAGAACACUGUUCUUGUGGCUUUUUUUCUCAUUUUUUCUGCUGAAUCCUUCCUACAUGUACUGUAACUCAAGAUGUUGCUUUCUUUUUGUCCUGAAGGAUGCUUGAGUUUCAGUUAAAGCACUGUUCUGCUGCUCCUCCCACUCCUCUCCAAGGAUCUGUCACUCUUCAGCAAUUGUAUGGCGUGUGCUUAUUCUAGACAUGCUUAAUAAGUAAACUACAUAGCUGCUGGGCUAAGUGAUUUCACUAUCUUUUUGGUUAACAAAAAUAACCUUGAAAAGGGGAGUGGAGUCCACACGAGGUGGGUGGGGAGUUGAGUUUUUCAGCUCGUGUUAACGUUCAGGUACACUGAGCAAUCCGACCUUGAUGUUUAAUACAAACAGGAAUCUUACUCUACUAUAAAAACUCGGGAGCUAUCAAAUCUUGAUGUCUUUCCAGUAUGGUUGUUAACGAGUGAAACAGGGGCUGCUCUCAAGGAGUGUGCCAUUAAUGUGCAUCGCUCAGGAGAUGCGUGAUAGAAUAGAAUCCUGAAGAGCUGUUCUUCAGCUGUCCCUGCAGAUGAGUGUGCAGAUAACACUGCGUCUUGGCUCUUUACAUAAAGGUCUGAUUUCAUGGACCCUCCCAGCUUUUACUCCUUUAGGGUAGGGCUGCUUGCACCGUGCUGCUGGGUGCUGUCCUUGCAGCCUGGUAGGCUGCCCAAAUACACGCUGCUUUGGCACCGAGCUGUCCUCAUCCUCUUCAUACUCUGCUGCAAAAACAAACCCCUGAAGUUUCUAAAGCCACUCAAGCGUAAAGGCUGCGUAAAGAGGCUGUGAACCAAGUUCAGUUAAUACUUAAAAUCUUAUUUUACCUCUCUUCUUUUCUUCCCAGAAUCUAAAAAUUUAUGUUGACUUCGUUGAACACGUCAAAUUCUAACCAAAUGGAAACCAAAGCACAGCAUGAAAUAUACCUUUGUCUGUAUUAAUAUGCAUGAAGAUUAGAAGCUUGUAUGUCUCUGAAACAUCAGCAGCAGGAAGGUGAAAUGGAAGGUGAAGCAGUUGAAGCCAUUGUGGAAGAAUCCGAAACUUUUAUUAAGGGGAAAGAGCGCAAAACCUAUCAGAGACGCCGCGAGGGAGGGCAGGAGGACGAGGCUUGCCACAUAGCACCAAACCAGGCAGACGGAGGGGACGUGGUGCAGGAUGUCAACAGCGGUGUGCAGAUGGUGAUGAUGGAGCAGCUGGACCCAACUCUCCUCCAAAUGAAGACUGAAGUAAUGGAAGGUGCCGUGCCUCAGGAAACGGAGGCUACGGUAGAUGACACGCAGAUCAUAACGCUGCAGGUUGUUAAUAUGGAAGAACAGCCUAUAAACCUGGGUGAGCUUCAGCUGGUCCAAGUACCCGUUCCAGUGACUGUACCUGUUGCCACCACAUCUGUGGAAGAGCUUCAGGGAGCUUAUGAAAAUGAGGUUUCCAAAGGAGGCCUGCAGGAGGGAGAGCCCAUGAUCUGUCACACCCUGCCUUUACCAGAAGGCUUCCAGGUGGUGAAAGUGGGCGCUAACGGUGAGGUGGAGACACUGGAACAAGGGGAACUUCAGCCACAAGAAGAUCCCAAUUGGCAAAAAGAUCCAGACUAUCAGCCACCGGCCAAAAAAACAAAGAAAAACAAAAAGAGUAAGCUUCGCUACACCGAGGAGGGCAAGGACGUGGAUGUCUCUGUGUAUGACUUCGAAGAGGAACAGCAGGAGGGUUUGUUGUCUGAGGUCAAUGCAGAAAAGGUGGUGGGCAACAUGAAGCCGCCGAAACCAACAAAAAUUAAAAAGAAAGGUGUAAAGAAGACAUUCCAGUGUGAACUGUGCAGUUACACUUGCCCACGUCGUUCCAACUUGGACCGCCACAUGAAAAGCCACACUGAUGAAAGACCACACAAGUGCCAUCUCUGUGGCAGGGCGUUUCGGACAGUCACGUUACUGAGGAACCACCUCAACACUCACACAGGUACUCGCCCUCACAAGUGCCCAGACUGCGACAUGGCCUUUGUGACCAGCGGGGAGUUGGUUCGGCACCGCCGCUACAAACACACCCACGAGAAGCCCUUCAAAUGUUCAAUGUGUGACUAUGCCAGCGUGGAGGUUAGCAAAUUGAAACGCCACAUUCGUUCUCACACUGGGGAGCGUCCGUUCCAGUGCAGCUUGUGCAGCUAUGCCAGCAGGGAUACUUAUAAGCUGAAGAGGCACAUGAGGACCCACUCUGGAGAGAAGCCAUAUGAAUGUUACAUCUGCCAUGCUCGCUUCACUCAGAGUGGUACCAUGAAGAUGCACAUUCUGCAGAAGCACACGGAGAACGUGGCCAAAUUUCACUGUCCUCACUGUGAUACUGUCAUAGCGAGAAAGAGCGACUUGGGUGUUCAUUUGCGAAAGCAGCAUUCCUACAUUGAACAGGGCAAGAAGUGUCGCUACUGUGAUGCUGUGUUCCAUGAGCGCUACGCCCUCAUACAGCAUCAAAAGUCUCACAAGAACGAGAAGCGCUUCAAGUGCGACCAGUGCGAUUAUGCAUGCAGACAGGAGCGGCACAUGGUCAUGCACAAACGGACCCAUACUGGAGAAAAGCCUUAUGCCUGCAGCCAUUGCGAUAAAACCUUCCGUCAGAAACAGCUCCUCGAUAUGCACUUCAAACGAUACCACGAUCCCAACUUCGUCCCUGCUGCCUUUGUCUGUUCCAAGUGUGGUAAAACAUUCACUCGCAGGAACACAAUGGCCAGACAUGCUGAUAACUGCUCUGGCCUAGAUGGUGGAGAGGGAGAGAAUGGAGGAGAGACAAAGAAGGGCAAACGUGGCCGAAAGAGGAAGAUGCGCUCUAAGAAGGAAGAUUCCUCUGAUAGUGAGGAGAACGCUGAACCAGAUUUGGAUGAUAAUGAAGAUGAGGAGGAGACAGCAGUAGAAAUUGAGGCUGAACCAGAGGUCGAGCCAGAGGCUCCUGCACCACCUCCCAGUAAGAAGAGGAGAGGAAGACCACCAGGCAAAGCCGCCACCCAAACAAAGCAAUCCCAGCCUGCAGCAAUCAUUCAGGUUGAAGACCAGAACACUGGUGAAAUCGAAAACAUUAUAGUCGAAGUAAAGAAAGAACCUGAUGCAGAAACAGUAGAGGAAGAGGAGGAAGCUCAGCCUGCUGUAGUGGAAGCUCCAAACGGAGACCUCACUCCUGAGAUGAUUCUCAGCAUGAUGGACCGGUGAUGGAGGAGGACCACGCCGGGUGUCUGAACUGGCCUGGGCUGUGUUUAAGCGGCUCAAAUCUAUUUUUUUUUUUCCUUUUACCUUUUUUCUUGGCUUUGGGAAAUGCAUCAUUUUAGACCAUUUUACCAAACAUACUGGGAAAUAAAACUUCCAAAUGAUGUUAGAAUGUGAUUUAACUAGAACUUGCUGUUUUUAUGUUAGCAUUACAGGAUCAUGGAACAUUAGGAAAUGCUUCGGAGUCCAUGAGGGUUUCCCGUGAGGUGCUUGAUUAGUUUUGUUCUGAACUGCAUUGUAAAACAGGGUCCCGGGACGGCCAGCUUUACGUGCAACGAGUUUUAUUAUCCAGAAGUGGAAGCCUUGACUAGAAUAUGUGGUAAACCACUCCGGACUUUGCCCUUCCAGUUCCCAGAGUCCUCGAGCCUCCUUCUCUCGGUAGUGUUUUUAACUGUAAAUGCAGACUUGGGAGGGUUCUAGACUUUUUAAAUGUUUUUUGCUUUCCCCCACUGACUAGCUCUGGUUCUCCAAGUCGGCUGCACACGGUAGUUUUGGCAUGCUCCAACUGGUUUCUGUCCUUAACGUGCUUUGCUUUCUGCAAAGCAUUUCUGUAAUGGUCAAGCUUGUAAAUAACUUUUUUUUUUUUUUACAUUUUAAUCUUUUUCCAUUAAUUAAGAGGUAUGCAAAAAUACAGUUUAAAUAAAGCCCGGUAUUUUAAUUCCUUUGGAACUGAGUGAUAAAGAGGAUCAAUAGUGUGAAUGCUGGAGAAGCUGCUGAUCACCGAUCACGUAGAGGAGAAGCGUUCCCCAGACUAUUGCUUGCAGAACAGCAGGAAAAACCCCCCACGUGAGAGCUGGCUUUGAAGCACACGGAGCCAGCCUUGGAAACACGUGUAAUUAACCCUCUUGUUGAGUUAUAACCUGACGACUACAUUUUCUUUGCUCUAUCUCGUAGUUGUAUUUUGUGUUGAUGAAGCCUUUGUUAAGACAGAAGCGGUGAUUUUUUUUUUACGUGGGUCACUGCAGCCCUCAAAAACCUGGGCCGGGAAAUUUUAAUAGGUCAGUAAUUACACCAUUUUUGGAUCUCUAAUAAAGACAAAAGGAAUAAUGUGAAAUACAAAUGAUGCCUGUAUAUGAAACUGUCACAUGUUAAAAUAUGUAAGCUUUUUAUAGAGCCUCAGUCUUGCUGAUUUCAAACAAAUUUUUUCUUCUAUGUAUCGCUUUUAAGAGAGCUAUCAGUUUAGCUAUCAGACUCUAGGUUGAUGCAUUUUUGUACUUAGCUGUACUGUGUGAUAUUUUUCAUUAUUUUAGGAAGCCAACAUGGAAAAAAAAAAAAAAUACUGUUAUAAAAUAUGUAAUGGGGUUUGAAAGCUGGGAAGGAGAAUAUACUGCUGUACAGCUAAUAAAUAAUAAUGGAUUAA